CACGUAGUGGGCGUCAUUUUGAACGUGCUGUGGGGAGUUUUCUCAAUUCAAAAGCUUCAGAUACCGGGAAGAGGUGACAGGACUGAGGAGGUCCGAGAGGAGGCGCUGUCACCGCUGCACCGAGGCGGGUUCGAAGUUCCGCGACGCCGCCCAGGGACCCCGCCCCAGGCCUGGAAUACGGACCGCCGCUCGCGGUCUCCUCUCUUCUCCCGCUGCUGCCCGCCUCGCUGCGCCCUCAGACCCCGAUGGCGGCGGUCGCGCUGAGGGAGCCGCCGCAGGGUGGUGUGACCUUUCUGGAUGUUGCUGUGCGCUUCUCCUGGGAAGAAUGGAGGCUCCUUGAUGAGGCUCAGAGACACCUGUACCUUGAUGUGAUGCUGGAGAACUAUGCACUUGUAUCCUCACUGGGUUGCUGCUGUGGAGCAGGGGAUGCAGAGGCACCUUUUGAACAGAUGGCUCCUCUGGGAGGGUCACAGGCCAGGACUCCCAAGGCAGCUUUGUCUUCCCAGAAGACCCAUCCCUGCGAGAUGUGUGGUCCAGUCUUGAGAGACAUUUUCCACUUGGCUGAGCACCAGGAAACACGACACAGCCAGAAACUAUUGAGGUGUGGGGUGUGUGCGAAACACUUUGAUUUUAGUGCAGACUUUCAGCAGCACCAGGAGCAACACAUGGGAGAGAAGACCUUCAGAAGCAGCAUAGACAAGGCAUUGUUUGUGAAGAGCUGCAGAUUCCAUGUGUCGCAGAAGCCAUUUACUUGGGGGACGUUUGAAAAGGACUUCCCUGCCAUCGUGGGACAUCUACAGCAACAGACCCCUCAAAGUGUGGAGAAGCCAAACCCAAUCUCCCAGUGUGGGUCAACUUUAAAAAGCCAGAUAAGUCAUCAUGCCUGGGGAGAGUGCAAGAAAACCCUCAGCCCCAAAGACACACUUGUUCAGGACCAGGGUGUCCACACUGGAAGACGGUGUUUUGUGUGCAGUGAAUGUGGGAAAGCAUUCAGGUACAAAUCCUCGUUUGUUGUGCACCAGAGAGUCCACCCUGCAAAAAGCCUUCAUGUGUGUGGUGAAUGUGGAAAAUCCUUUAAGCAAAGCUCAACCCUCAGUCAACAUCAAAGCAUUCAUCCUGGGGCAAGGCAGUACAAGUGCAGCAAUUGUGGGAAGUCCUUAAAUCACAAAUCUGUGUUCAUUCAUCCCCACACAUGGUGCAGUGGAGAAAACAGUUACGUGUGUAGUGAAUGUUCGAAAUCUUUUUCCUCUGGCUCAGCCCUCAGUUAUCAUCAAAGAUCUCACACAGGAGAAAGGCCUUAUGAGUGCAGUGACUGUGGGAAAUCUUUUAUCUCUAGGCCUGCCCUCAGAUAUCAUCAGAGAUCUCACACGGGAGAAAGGCCUUAUGAGUGCAGUGACUGUGGGAAAUCCUUUACCACUAGCUCUAACCUCCAUUAUCAUCAAAGAGUUCACACGGGAGAAAGGCCUUAUAAAUGCAGUGAAUGUGGGAAAUCUUUUAACAAUAGGUGGGUUCUCAUUCAACACCAGAGAGUUCACACAGGAGAAAGGCCUUAUGAGUGUACUGAGUGUGGGAAAUUGUUUAAAUACGGAUCCCAGUUGAAUCAACACCAGAAAGCUCACACUGGAGAGAAGCCAUUUAAGUGCACUGAAUGUGGGAAAUGUUUUAACAAUAGGUGGACACUCAUCCAGCACUGGAGAGUUCACACAGGAGAAAGGCCUUUUGAGUGCAGUGAAUGUGGAAAAUCCUUUAAUCGAAGAAAUAACCUCGUUUUACACCAGAGAAUUCACACAGGAGAACGGCCUUAUGAGUGCAGUGAAUGUGGGAAAUCUUUUACCUUUAGUUCCAGCCUCCGUUAUCACCAGAGAUCUCACACUGGAGAAAGGCCCUAUGAGUGCAGUGAAUGUGGGAAGUCUUUUAUCUCAAGGUCUGACCUCCAUUAUCAUCAGAGAGUUCAUUCUGGAGAAAGGCCCUAUGAAUGUAAUGACUGUGGGAAAUCCUUUAUCCAAAGAAAUAACCUCAUAAUACACCAGAGAAUUCACACAGGAGAAAGACCGUAUGAGUGCACCGAAUGUGGGAAAUCUUUUACCUGUGGUUCUACCCUCCAUUAUCAUCAGAGAGUUCACACUGGAGAAAGGCCUUAUGUGUGCAGUGAAUGUGGGAAAUCUUUUAUUACCACCUCCAAACUGCGUUGUCAUCAGAGAAGCCACGCUGGAGAAAGGCCUUAAGAGUGCACUGAAUGAGGGAAAUUUUACAAGGAAGUCUAACCUCUUUCAACAUCAGAGAGUUCCCACUACUCAAAGGCAUAGAUGUGCAGUUUCCUUGUACAGUGUAAGGGUCCUGGAGGAAACCUGAGGAGGAGCCAUCUGUCUGAAUUGAAUCUCAUACAUGUGAGCAUGCAGAGUGGGGAGGUUCCCUGUGAGUUUCAGUUAUGUGGGAAGUGUGUAUGGCUGUGUUACACUUUGGAACAUGCCCAUGGCGCUUCGAAGAUUUAUGUCACUGACAUCUCUGUAGUCAAGGCCAUUUCACCUGUACCACCUGGCAAGCCCACACAGUGUGCAUCAGUCACUUCCCAGUGCACUCAAGGAAGCUGAUUCCUCUUCUCCCAUGUAUUGGCCAAAUUAGGAGUCACUUGAGCCCUAGCAGAUCCUUCCCUUCGCUUUUGAAUACCUCGAGCAGGGACCUGACCCAGUGUUGGUCCGUAGAACAUCAUAUGACUUUGCUGGCAGCUUUCCAACAAGGAAAACAAUUUUCAGGGACAUGUUGGGUCAUGUGAUACUUGCGAUGAGUUUUUCUGUCUUGCAAGUCCUGAACUCCAGAACUCUCUGCCACACGUUCCUUUGGCUUGAACGAUAACAAUGGCCUUAUUCUUCUAAGUCCUUAUUCAUCUUGGGAGCUCUGUUCCUGUGUAGGGUAGUUUCUAAACAGAUUUGUGCUCUGUUUUACAGGUCUCACACUCUGUGCCUGAGGAGGGACAGUAUGAUUGCAGAAAAUAACUUGACAUUUUUGACCAAAUUUGUAUUGCUGCCCAGAGCCUCUUAGGAGAAACUGCAGGGCUUUCUGUUCCUCCUUUGAGGUUUUUAAGGAAACUUGGGUGACUCUGUGGAGGGGCAGGUGUUAGAAUCUUAAAAUAGUGCUUCUGAGAGCAGCAUGAAUUCCUUUUUCCAGAGUAGAGAUCACAGAGUGUUCCAGCACUGUUGAGGGGAUGUCUUCUAGAGGUCGACAGCUGUGCUCCCUGGCAUCCACGGUUCAUUGGGUAGUUUCACUGGUUCCAGAGGAAGCUGUAAUUGCUACAGAAACUCUGCUUUAGUAGGUAGUGGAGGAGACUGCAGCCAGCUAGAUGGAAUGUGCCUCUUCUUAAAGUUCAUCCACAAAUGUCUGUUUGACGAUGACUGUGCAAGAUGAGUGUGUGCACAAAUCUUAGGGCCUGUAGGCAUGUUUGUCUUGUGUAGCUGAAGACACGGUCAGAGAGGUUACCCAGGAAGUUUUGUGGAUUGCUGUAGCCUCACGGCCCUUACUGCCCAGGCAGGAAAGAAAAGAGAAAAGGGAACUUAUAUUCUGAGGAGGUGACCCUCUGGGUCCACGCAGCCUUCCUCCUGACUUGCAUGGAGAUUUUCAUUGCUCCCCAUAUCUGUUGCCACUGAGCCAAGACCAACCCCCAGAGGGCACAAGGAGAGAGAGGGUGGAGUCAGAACAGGGCUGCCAAACCUAUUUUCCAUAAAGAGUGGGACACAGAAGUUUUUUUAAAUCUUGAGCCAGUUUUUAAAGCUUUAUUGAAGUAUGGUUUACAUGUACUCAACAGCUUAUAUUGAAAUUACACCAUUUGAGAAGUUCUGAUGUAGGUAUAUGAACCUGUGAAAACAUUAUCCUCAUCCUGAUAAUGACCAUCCCUGUCACAGUGGAUGUAUGUCAUGUCCUUUUAGAAUCUCUCCUUGCCUUUCCCACCUCACCAGAUAACCACUGAUUCACUUUCCCUUACAAGAGAUAACCUUUGCAUUUUCUUUUAUUCAUACAGUUUGAAUCAUAAACGGUUUAUUGUUUUCUUUCUGAUUUCCUUUGUAUUUUGUGAUUUUGAGGUGUUAUUUGGGUAACUCACCUUUUUUUUCCCCCCUGAGUAAUAUUCUUAUCUUUGGAUAUGCUGCUGUUGUUUUAAUUAUCCAUCUCUUUAUGGGUCUUGAGGUUAUUUCUAGGUUGUGACUACUGGAAAUAAACCUGUUACAAACA